UUCCCGAUUUGAUAAAAUAUCUGUUGUGCAAUUUGGGAAGUUUAAUUAAAAUGUAUCAUUUAUCUUUACGUGCAGUGCAAUAAAAGCUUGAUAUUUACUAUUCGUUACCGAUUGUAUAGAUUUAAGAACGAUCCAUUGUGGACACAACAAGUGGAGCUGGUUAUAUAAAAUGUUACCCAUGUUGAGAAAAGUCUCACAGGCCGGUACUUGCCUUCACCGGUAUUACUGCACGCCGGUUGUAAACAUAUUUGAUCGCAACGUUAAACGAUUACAACGUGAACGGGCAGCUAAGAGGGAAGAUGUGGAGCUGUACGAUUACAUCAAAGAGGAAGUGGGCUACCGGUUAGCGGAUCGAAUAUUUGACAUCAAGCGACAGUUUACGAAUGCCGUCGAUCUCGGAGCGGGCCGUGGGUACGUCACAAAUCACGUGCUUGGCGAAACGGUCCAGAAGCUGACGGCGAUCGACCUCAGCCCGACGAUGCUGUCGCAGAUCAAGGGAACGCCCGGACUAGACUUUUCGGUGCAGCCGAUGGACGAGGAGCAGUUUCAGUUCGAGGCGGACUCACUCGAUUUGGUCGUCUCUAGUAUGAGCAUGCACUGGAUAAACGACCUACCGGCGUGCUUCCGGGCGGUAAACCGUGCCCUCAAGCCGGAUGGUGUAUUCAUCGGUGCCAUGUUCGGAGGCGAAACGCUUUACGAGCUUCGUUCGGCACUGCAGCUUGCUGACCAAGAGCGGCGCGGUGGCCUAUCCCCGCACGUGUCUCCGUUCGUGCAGAUCCGGGAUGUGGGCAUGCUACUGAAUCGGGGAGGCUUCACCAUGCUUACGAUCGAUACAGACGAGCUGGUUGUCGGUUACCCGUCCAUGUUCGAGCUAAUGUUCGACUUGAAGGGUAUGGCUGAGAGUAAUGCCGCCUUCAACCGGCCACUGCAUGUGGGUCGCGACACAUUGAUGGCGGCCGCCGCCAUCUACCAGGACAUGUACGCGCGCAAAGACGAGGGUGUUUCGGCAACGUUUCAGAUUAUCUUCUUUGUCGGGUGGAAACCGUGCGCCAGCCAGCCACAGCCGGCGGAACGCGGUUCGGCGACGGUUUCGUUGAAGGAUCUCGGGAAGGUCAUGACACCCAGCAGCAAGUGCCAGAAAUAACACUCUUUUCUUUUGCUCAUUGAAUAAAUGUUUAUUAAGGGGUUAGUAAAGAUUUGGUUGAAAAGUGUUCUCUCCUAAGUUCUAAUAAAUGUUGUUAAAAAGGUAAAAAACGUUCAAUCACUUAACUCGAUCGCAUUCUCGAUUUGUCAAAAAAGCACUAACGUCUAAGAUAUCUACUUAAAAGAAAGCCUGAAACUCUUCAACCACCCCAUGAAGUACUUGAGCGAGUAUAAUAUAGUAAUAGCAGUUUUAUAAACUGAUUUAUUUUCCGACUCGCAGCCGAGGAAGGUAGCGCUGGCUUAUUGGCAACAAA